AUGUCAACCAAGGUGUUGAUCCAUGAUUACCCCCAUCGGACAGUGGCCCUUGCCACAGAUGAGCAUGUCCUGGUGUUUCGCCACUCUCACGCUGCACCAGAAAGUGGCAGAGCCUCAAUCUCGAGCUCGACCAGCCUACCGCUGGGCAAUGCGAGUCGAUCCAACCAGACGCCUCGAUGUAUGGUCGAGUUCGGGGACAAGUCUUCUAUCAACCUCCAGCAUUUUCAUCCUGUCACUACCGCGAGGGGCACCUUGGGUCUCAUCACCCUCAACAACGAUGUCUUCCUUUGCGUUAUCACAGGGUCAGAAGAGGUGGCUACUGUGAGGCCAGGCGAGACCGUCCAAAAAAUCUUCGCCGUGGAGUUCUACUGUCUCAAUCGUGCAGAUUACGACCAUGCCCAUGGCCCUUAUCCUAAUCCAUAUCCCGGACAAAUCUUCCAGUCGGACGACGUGGACUACACCCAGGGCGACGAUGUCUCUGAACAUCCAUUUCACGCGCUGAAGAAACUCCUAAGCAACGGCAACUUCUACUACAGUGCUGAUUUCGAUCUUACACGACGGCUGCAGGAUCGGGCCGAGGCAGAAAGCACCGUUGACAUUUCCAGUCUCGACGAAGGUCUCCUCUGGAACUCGUACAUGAUUGAUCCGCUGAUCAAAUUUAGGAGCAGACUUACUGACCUCGAACGAAAUGCCCUUGACCGCUCUCGACUACUCACUUCUGUAAUUCGAGGCUUUGUCAAAAGUUUGCCGAUACCGCCUUCUUCCUCUCCAAUCCGGGGAACCGUCCCGGGACCACCUACGACCCUGACCAUCAUCUCUAGAUUAUCCUCAAGACGGGCCGGGACGCGUUUCAAUUCUCGAGGCAUUGACGAUGACGGUAACGUUGCCAACUUCGUUGAGACCGAGACUGUCUUCUGGUCUCCCACCGGGCUUUGCUUCUCAUACACUCAAGUGCGAGGCAGCAUACCGAUAUUCUGGGAAAGCUCGAGCAGUCUGAUACCUGGUCAACAAAAGAUCCAAAUCACCCGCUCGCCGGAGGCUACGCAGCCAGCAUUUGAUAAGCAUUUCGCAACUCUGGAAAGAACAUAUGGUGCAGUUCACAUCGUGAAUCUGCUAAGCGCUUCCAAGCCAGGCGAGGUCGAGCUGACAGAGAGGUACCGCUAUCAUGUGAGUAGAAGCCCUCUACGACGGCAUGAGGAAGGUGAAGAGGAGGAACACCAUCUGCUCCACGAAACAGAAUUUGAUUUCCACGAACGGACUCGUGGUCCCACCGGGUAUGAAGCAGCAAAAGCGAUCCGACCAUAUUUGGAUACAAGCGCAGAGUCGUUUGUUUACUUUCUCUCAGAGGAGAUAGAGGAAGUCGCCGUCGAGCAUGGCAGAAGGAAACUUGUCCGAAGGCCUAUUGUUAUCAUGCAACAGAACGGCAUCUUUCGUGUCAAUUGUCUAGACUGCUUAGAUCGGACAAACCUCAUACAGGGCAUAGUCAGCCAAAUGGCGUUGGAAUUGUUCCUAUCGCACCGGGACGAGCGAGGCAAUUCUGAUUUUUGGAUGCGCCAUUCUGCCUUAUGGGCCGACAAUGGAGACGCACUUUCGAGAAUAUAUGCUGGGACUGGAGCGUUGAAGAGUUCAUUCACAAGACAUGGCAAAAUGAGUCUCGCGGGUGCCCUUGCAGAUGCCCGGAAGAGUGCUACCCGCCUAUAUGUCAACCACUUUGAGGACAAAAACAGGCAGAAUACCGUUGACCUGUUGCUGGGCAGAUUGGUCGGACAGACAAGCGUUGACUUGUUCGACCCUAUCAACGACUGGGUCGUUGCGGAGGUUGCCAGACGAAGACCUGAGUUUGAGUCAAGAGAUCAGCUCAGGCUUGGGAUGGGAACAUACAACUUGAAUGGCAAAACAACAGGGAUCCAUGAAGACUUGACUCCCUGGCUGGACGUCCGCGGCAAAAAUCUGGACAUCGUGGUGGUUGGCUUUCAAGAAAUCGUUGAGCUGAGUCCGCAGCAAAUCAUGAGCACAGACCCCAAUCGUCGAAUGUUGUGGGAAAGAGCAGUCAGAAACUGUCUCAACGGACAUGGUCCCGACGAAAAAUUCGAGGGCGUCCCCACAAAGGGCGAUGAAUAUGUUCUUUUGAGGAGCGGGCAAUUGGUGGGAGCUGCAUUGAUGGUCUUUGUCCGUUCAAGCAUUCUGGGCCGAAUCAAGAAUGUGGAGGGUGCCAUCAAGAAAACGGGUAUGAGUGGCAUUGCCGGAAACAAAGGGGCCGUCGCCAUUCGAAUGGACAUUGAAAGCACGUCUGUAUGUUUCGUCACCGCGCACUUGGCUGCAGGGUUCGCCAAUUACGAGGAACGAAAUCGAGAUUACAACACAAUUACCUCUGGUCUGAGGUUUCAACGCAACCGGAGCAUCGAGGACCACGAGAUCAUCGUUUGGGCGGGCGACUUCAACUAUCGAAUUGGUCUGGGCUAUGAGCGAGUGAAAGCCCUGGUCAACGAGGCGAUGAUCGGGUCUGAAAAAAUCAGGGAAGAGGCAUUGGGGAAGCUCUACGAAAACGACCAACUAAACAUUCAAAUGGUGGUGGGAAACUGCUUCAACUAUUAUCGGGAAGGACGGGUAAAAUUCCUGCCGACAUACAAAUACGACAUUGGGAAAGACGAGUUCGACUCGAGUGACAAACAACGUAUACCGGCUUGGACCGACCGGAUCCUUUGGAAGGUCAACCACAACCGUAAUGUAGUCCAGGCCGGAGAAGUUCUCGGCUCGCACAUGAAGCAAUUGGAAUAUGACAGCGUCAUGGGCCUGAGGUUCAGCGAUCACCGACCGGUAUAUGCCAUAUUCGACGUGGGGAUCCGGGUGGUCGACGAAGAGAAGAAGGACGCCUUGACUAAGAAGCUCUACUCGAAGAGGGCCAAAGAAAUGAAAAGUAAAGCAGGAGAUUCCACCGAGGGCCUGGAUGACAUGGAGACGGAUGACGAAACCGACAGCGUCAUGGAGAGCCUUAUGGGAUAUGAGAGCAUUCAGGAAGGCCUACCUCCGGCGAGCAGCGACAAGCGGAAGUGGUGGCUAGAUGGGAACAAAGCUGCAAGAAGCACGAUUCGCCCACCGAGGGAAGGCAUGAUGUUGAGCGGGAACCGCGAAGGCAAUCCGUGGAGGGAGGGUGGGGAGGACGACUGGGUCGAGGUCGAGAGGCCGCCCAUCAUGGACAACAACAAGCAAGGCAACAGAUCCACAAGCAGGAAACCAGAGCCGCCGCCACCGAGGACGGUGAAGAGAAUGGUACCUCCACCCUGGGAGGGAGAACGAGUAGCAACAACGCCGUCCACACCGGCGGCGGAGCUGAGAGCCCUUCGACGUCCAACACCCCCUACACCACGAGGAGGCUCGGUUCCGCGGAACAGGGCUUCCAGCGCCACAGCCUCGCCUAUACGGUCAACCAUGUCGUCGACAGGCGAUCAUCUGGCCGACAACAUCCCUGCGCGGUCCUCGUCAGCGGCGGGAUUCCCCAAGAAACGACCUCCUCCCAAACCCACUAAGCCGUCGGCUCUCACAACCUCGUCCAGCCAGGUCGCUGUCCCGCAGCUGAGCCCUCUCCCCGCCCCUGUCCUGCCGCGCUUGGCGAGCAGCGUGUCUCGUUCGGAGGUCACCCCGGGACCCGAACUUGAAGAGCGCCCUCCACCACUACCCAGGCGCACGGAGACUGCAAGUUCGACCGCCUCAUUCGUGAGCGCGUCUGACUCUGUCGCGUCAGGGCCCGGUGCGAGGAGUCUGCAGAGGGGCAUCAAUCCUCCUCCGCCGCCACCUAUGAGGAUAUCAAAUCUCCAUCAUCAGCAGACCCAGCAGCGCAAUGACGAGCCGGACGAGCCUCCUGCUCCGCCCCUGCCCCCGAGGAGGGAUGCUGCCGGCACCAGCAGCAAUGGCCCGUCUUUGCCCACGAGGAACAGGCCAGACGGCGGUGCCAAGGCAAAUGUGAAUGCGAACGAUGGCCUCAUGGACGAGGACGACAGGCCGGGGCCGGGUGGGUUGGAUAGGUUUAAGCCGCUCAUGCCCAGCUGA